AUGCUGGAAACAGCACGAGAGCUCACCCUAGAGGCCGCCCAGUCCGCUGCCAGCAACCGAAGCUCGAAGCCGGACUAUUCAUCUCGCACAUACAACGCUACACAUAUCAAACGGCUACUAGACAGUCGCCAUGAGCGUGAAGUCCUGGAUGGGAUGCGGAGGGUGAUUUCGUUGAUGUACCGCUCCGAGCCUGCCCUCACCUUUUUUUCUGCAGUCGUCAAAAACGCGGCCAGCGCCAACCUCGAAGUCAAGAAACUGGUCUACAUCUACCUCGUCCACCAUGCGGAAGCCGAGCCAGAUCUGGCGCUGCUCUCUAUCAAUGCGAUCCAGAAAUCUCUCACGGACCAGAACCCACAAGUGCGAACAAUGGCGCUGCGGACGAUGUCGGGGAUCCGAGUACCGGUGAUCAGUCAAAUCGUGUCUUUGGCCAUCAAGAGAGGGUGCGGUGAUAUGAGCCCGCAUGUGCGGAAAGCAGCUGCAUUGGCGAUCCCUAAAUGCUACCGUCUGGAUCCGAACACGCUACCACAGUUGAUGGGAUAUCUUUCGACUCUUCUGGGCGACUCCCAAUAUUUCGUUGUCGGUCCCGCAGUUGCCGCGUUCCUAGAGGUAUGCCCGGAUCAGAUCGAACUGGUCCACAAACAUUACCGCAGUUUGGUCAAGAAACUAGUGGAUAUGGAUGAAUGGGGACAGCUGGCGACGCUACGCCUAUUGACAUCUUACGCGCGCAAAUGCUUUCCUCGUCGAACCCAAAAAGUCAAGCAGGCGGUCACUAAGCCAUUUUAUGAGGAUGAACAGCCCGAGCAGAACAAUGAUGAUGAUGGCGAAGAAUAUGAGGUGCCCGUUCUGGACCCUGACUUGGAAAUCUUUCUUCGGGCAUGCAAGGUAUUGCUGCAGAACCGCAACUCGGCCGUUAUUGUCGGUGUCGUUCGCUGUUUUCUUUACCUAGCACCCCCAGAGUAUCUUGCUUCAGCUAUUGGUCCGCUUGUGGCCCUUCUACGGAGCCCCCAGGACAUGCAACUCAUUGCCCUCUACAGCAUUGUUGCUGUGGCCCUGAGAGAUCCGAAGCCGUUCGCGAGAUAUACAGCCCACUUCCUCGUCCACGCCAAUGACCCGCCCCAUAUAUGGCGCCUGAAGUUAGAGGUGCUGACUAUUCUGUUCCCGCAUUGUGGAAAACACUGGAAAGGUGUAAUCAUUAGCGAGUUGGAGCAUUUCUCUAAAGGCACAGACCCAGAGCUGGUCCGGGAGAGUGUACGAGCUAUUGGGCGCUGCGCACAAGGCGACUCCGAGACCUCGGCCAUGUGUCUUCGGAUCCUUCUCGGCCAGAUUUCCAGCUUGGAUGGGAAUCUCGUCUCGGAGUCAUUGACCGUUAUCCGCCACCUGAUCCAACAGGACCCGAGUUCACAUAAACAGACUGUUAUGCAGCUCGUCAACCAUCUCGGGUCGACUACUCAUCCGGAUGCCCGAGCCACCAUCAUCUGGUUAGUGGGCGAAUUCUCGGGUAUGGAACCAUCUCACAACAUCGCACCCGACGUUCUCCGCAUCCUCGUGCAAGGAUUCGCGGACGAAACGGAAGGCGUCAAGCAACAGAUAGUUCUUCUGGGGGCCAAGGUCUAUCUCCACCAUCUUUUGCAAAACCCACCCAAAGAAGAACCAAAGCCGGUGUCGUCAUCACCGGAGCGUCCUGUCCAGACGAAUCAGGAGUUCCGCAACGAGUGGACCGACACUGCCACUGAAGAUCAGAGCCAGAGCCAACAGUCCGGGGAAGGCGAGGGAACUAGCAAAGAAACGCAGGACCCCGAAACCAAGGAAGAACAAGAGGAUCGCAUCACCUUGCUUUGGCGCUACCUAUUGCUUCUUGCCCGCUACGACACCUCAUACGACCUGCGUGACCGCGCCCGCCUCUACAAGGCUCUCCUCGCCAGCCCUGCAUCCACCCAACUAGCCAACCUCCUUCUCCUGGCUCCCAAGCCAGUCCCGCAUGCCCCCAGCCCGUCCGAAACGCGCAAGGAUCUACAGGUCGGAUCUGCCACCCUUGUCGUUGGGCCCGAGGCCGGCUAUCAUGGCCUGCCUGGCUACACUCCUUUGCCCGAUUGGGUCGAGGCAGGUCAAGAGCCGGACUCGAGUCUGCGCACCGAGGACGUGAAGCCCGAGCCAUCCACGACCCAGACCUCGAUGACCGCAGGCGAAAGAUUGGAUCGUGCUCUCCGCGAGCACCAGAGUGCCGCCCCGCGCCAGAAACAUAACGGCCCUGCUGUGGCGGGUAUCGCCGCUGGACAGAAGAGCUUGAAUCAGUGGCUCGACGAAGAGGAUGAGGAAGAAGAGACAGAGACCGAGUCCGAAACCGAGACUGAGGGCGAGACUGACUCAGAAGAAGAAGAGACUGAGUCCGAGGAAGAGGAAUCAGAGGAGAAUGAGGAUGCGGAAGAGACCGACUCUGAGAGCGAAGCUCUUCAUAAGGAAGCCCAGCAAUUGCUGGGCCAGUCUGUCGCUAAACCAACUAAGGAAACUCGACUCACCGAUGGGCUACUGAGAGCCAACUAA